AUGAAGUACACCCCGUAUCUAGUGGCAGCUACCACCACCAUUGCCGUGGCAUCGGCUUCUCCGCACCCCGCAUAUCAACAACAACAGCACCUCGGGACAACUCCCUCACUGUCGCAGCCCGAGAUCGUUGUCAACCAUGAUCCAACCAGUCCGGAGGAUAUUAUCAACGCCUCGCCUCUUCUAUCCUUUCACCGUGAUCUCGUCCAGAUCGAAUCCAUCUCCGGCAACGAGCACGAUGUCGGCAUCUUCGUGACUCAGUUCCUUGAGGCGCACAACUUCACCGUCAUUAAACAAGUGGUUGCUCCUGUGGAAAAGAAUGAGGAUGAUGAUGCUGUCCCCAAAACCCGAUACAAUAUCUACGCCUACCCUGCCGCCCAAACCUCGCCCCCCUCCAUCCUCCUAACAAGCCAUAUCGACACCGUCCCACCAUUCAUCCCCUACUCAGUGCACCAGCCCCAAACCUCAUCAUCCUCUGCCAUCGACCCAGAGAAACUAAUCGUGGGAGGCCGCGGCUCUGUCGACGCAAAAGCCAGCGUCGCAGCCCAAGUCUUCGCCGCACUGGAAACACUCGCCCAACAUCCGUCCGCUGGCCUCGGUCUGCUGUUUGUCGUGGGCGAAGAACUCGGCGGCGGUGGCAUGAAAACCUUCUCCGAUUCCCAACUCAACAACCAAACCAAGGACGGCUUCCGCACCGUCAUCUUCGGCGAGCCUACUAAUCUCGCCCUUGUCUCCGGACACAAGGGUAUGAUGGGCUUCAAGGUCAUUGUCGAGGGUCAGGCCGCGCACUCCGGGUACCCGUGGCUCGGCCACAGUGCCGUCUCUGCUAUUCUCCCCGCGCUGAUGAAGGUCGAUGAGCUGGGGAAGAUCGGCGUUGAGCAUGGUGGUCUUCCUUCUUCUCCGAAGUACGGUCCCACGACGCUGAACAUCGGUGUCGUUCGCGCGGGCGUGGCUACGAACGUCGUCCCGGCUCACGCAAUAGCAGAUGUCGCGGUGCGUCUUGCAGCGGGAACUCCCGGCGAAGCACGCAAGAUCAUCGCCAAUGCUGUCGCAGAUGCUACGCGGCACACUGGAGCCAAUGUCACUGUGGAUUUCUCCUCGCAUGGAUUGUAUCCGCCGCAGGAUCUGGAUACGGAUGUCGAGGGCUUCGAUGUUACCGCUGUGAACUAUGGCACUGAUGUGCCGAAUCUGAGCGUGGCGAAGGGUACGAAGCGGUAUCUCUAUGGACCUGGCAGUAUCUUUGUUGCCCAUGGUGAUAAUGAGGCUCUCUCUGUGCAUCAUAUUACAGAGGCUGUUGAGGGGUAUAAGAAGUUGAUUGCGGCUGCCAUAAGUAGAUCGGAUGCCAAGAGCGAGGAAUCUGGCUAA